AUGUCUCCUAACAAAUCGCCCAACAUGGGUCGUGGCCCAGGUCCACGUGGGGGCUUCCCUCCGUUCCGCCCCGAGAACAACCCGAAUAACCAUUCAAGUAAUUUGCAUAACCAUCCGCAACGGGCAAGCUUUGAGUAUGUUCCGUCGAUAUGGUCCAGUCCUAAUGUUGUGUCUGAGGCCGGUGACCGGCCUUCGAGCACUUCCAGUGGCUCUAACGACUGGUCUUACUCUUACCCCAACCAGAUGGUACACACCCGCAAUGGAACGAACGGCUCGUCCCCCAAGACCUCGGUCCCUCCAGGUCUUUCCUAUCAGCUCGGUGGAAUGAACUCCUCCAUGAGACGCCCUUCCCACGAUCACGGAUUUGGUAUCUUGGAGCAGGCGGGUGAGCGCGCGGGCGCGGGCGCCUUCAACAUCGCAUCAUCGGGCCCUUCCGAAUCGACGGAGCGGCAUGAGCUUAGUUUGCAAUUAUUUGACGCGACACAACUCUCGCAUCGAUCAUCGGUCGUCCCCACCACUUCGAGCUUUUCUCAGACCUGGAAGAGCAACAACCGAGGCAGCGUUGGGGAUGGGGGUGUGCAGACAAGUGCUUCUUGGCUGCCACAGAGGCCGCUAGCAGAGAUACCGGAUACCUCUACCGAGCGCCCGGUAUUUCCUUCGAACCCCUGGAACAAUUCGUCACCUUCUGUGGCUGCCUCAGCCCGGCCUUUCACGCCCGCGAGUCCGACAACUUGGAACGGUGAAUCCGUCAACGGAUUCCAGGCUGGCAAUGGGUUCUCAAACGGCAAUGGAUUUGCAAACGGAAGUGGAUUCGCGGAUAGUGUUGGACUCCCGACUGGCAACAGAUUCCAGAGUGACAACGCAUUCCACCAAAACUCUGGCUUCACCAUCAACAACUUCACAAACUUUGGCAGCGGUCAACAUUCUCGCUCAAGUUUCUCACAGACACAGUCUAGACGCGACUAUUCAACCCCCACGAACUUCGACCGCCGAGCCAGCAGUCAGUCUUUCAGUCAGCAGCCUCAGCCUACGUCGAAUGUGCCUAUCGAUCCCGUAUUGUUUCAGCAGCAAUUACAGAUGUACAACAUGGCCACGAAUCUGGGAAUGGGCGCGGCAUACCCACAUCCUUCUUUGCCGACGAAUGGCUUGGUCAUGGGUGCGAUGGGUUCUGGAAGCGUGCAGAAUGCCAAGCUCCGUGAAUACUUGAACAGCCGUAAUGCGCCGCAAAAGUGGGAUCUCAAGCAAAUCCAAGGGUCGAUUGCGGACUUUGCUGCCGACAGGACCGGUUCCAGGUUCAUUCAGGAAAAGCUCCAGUCUGCCAGCAGUGAAGAGAAGACGUUUGUCUUCCAAGAGCUCUAUGAUGAGCUGAUACCCCUCAUGACUGAUGUGUACGGGAACUACGUCGUGCAGAAGUUUUUCGAACACGGCACGCAGGAGCAGAAGACCAAAAUGGCACUCGUGAUCAAGGACAACAUGUUGCGACUUUCGGAGAACAAGUACGGCUGCCGGGUUGUGCAAAAGGCCCUCGACAACAUCUUCAGCAAUUACAAGGUUGAGCUUGUAAGUGAGUUAAGAGGUCACAUCGACAAACUCAACAAGUCCCAGGAGGGCAACCAUGUGAUCCAGAUGAUCAUCAAGCUCUUGCCCCGAGAGAACAUUGGGUUCAUCUACGACUCCUUCAGAGGGCCUGGCAAGGUGAUGGAACUGGCGCUUAACCAGUACGCUUGCAGAGUCAUCCAGCGAACCUUGGAGCACGGAAACGAAGAGGACAGGCUCUAUCUUGUGUCGGAGUUGCACAAGGGUGCCCACACAUUGAUCACAGAUGCGUACGGAAACUAUGUUGCCCAGCACAUCAUCGAAGCAGGGAAAUCCGAAGACCGCGCCCGCAUGAUCGCUACAGUCAUGUCCCAGGCGGUCGCCCUCUCCACACACAAACACGCUUCGAACGUGGUGGAGAAGUGCAUCAAGUAUGGCACGCCGGAGGACGUUCGCCGUAUUAGGGACAUGUUCUUCAACCCGCAAGACGGGGUUGGAGGAUAUUCCUCAGAACAGCAGUCGCCCGAUUCGUUUCUGCGGUAUCUCAUGCUGGAUCAUUUUGCCAACUACGUGAUUCACAAACUCGUCAAGCACUCGACGUUCGUCAUUGAAGAACAGCAAUUCUUUGUCGACACGCUCGAGCCCAAGAUCAACGAGCUUCUCAAGAACCACAAGGGCCUAGACGAGAGGCAGCGAAACGCCCUCAAGAAGUUCCAAGGUAUCAUCAACGAGCUGAGGAAGGACAUUGAAAAGAAGGAGAAACUUGCCAAGAACGGCAACAGUACGCCCCCCUCGCUCGGUCCGGCAUCGCCCUCUCUCCAUAUCACCUCGGCCCUACCGACGCCCGAUGGCGGAUCCGAACCCAACAGCCCGCUGGACCUGGGAAUGACCCCCACCACCAACGCUACUAGCUCUGCUGGAAGUGCUAAUGGGGACGGAAAGCAGUCGAUGGAUGUCAAUGUCACCACUGUGAAUGGGAAGCUGAACACCAGCGAGGCCUUUGCGCAGUUGCAGAUUCGUGAAAACAACGCUUAG